AUGGCGGCUAAACGUAAACCCGACGCGACGGUUCCGGCGGAGGAGAGCGACCAGCUGCUGAUCCGCCCGCUGGGGGCCGGUCAGGAGGUGGGACGGUCCUGCAUCAUCCUGGAGUUCAAAGGAAGAAAGAUCAUGCUGGACUGUGGGAUCCAUCCUGGUCUGGAGGGGAUGGACGCUCUGCCCUACAUUGACCUGAUCGACCCAGCUGAGAUCGACCUGCUGCUCAUCAGCCACUUCCACCUGGACCACUGCGGCGCUCUGCCCUGGUUCCUGCAGAAGACCAGCUUUAAAGGUCGGACGUUCAUGACACACGCCACCAAAGCCAUCUACCGGUGGUUGCUGUCCGACUACGUCAAAGUCAGUAACAUCUCAGCUGAUGACAUGCUGUACACGGAGACCGACCUGGAGGACAGCAUGGAAAAGAUCGAGACCAUCAACUUCCACGAGGUGAAGGAGGUGGCUGGCAUUAAGUUCUGGUGUUACCACGCCGGCCAUGUCCUCGGAGCCGCCAUGUUCAUGAUCGAGAUCGCCGGCGUCAAGCUGUUGUACACAGGUGAUUUCUCCCGUCAAGAGGACAGACACCUGAUGGCAGCAGAGAUCCCAAGCGUGAAGCCGGACAUCCUCAUCACAGAGUCGACCUAUGGCACUCACAUCCACGAGAAGCGUGAGGAGAGGGAGGCUCGUUUCUGCAACACCGUCCACGACAUCGUGAACAGGGAGGGCCGCUGCCUGAUCCCUGUCUUCGCCCUGGGACGGGCUCAGGAGCUGCUCCUCAUCCUCGACGAGUACUGGCAGAACCACCCGGAGCUCCACGACAUCCCUAUCUACUACGCCUCUUCUCUGGCCAGGAAGUGCAUGGCUGUGUACCAGACCUACAUCAACGCCAUGAACGACAAGAUCCGCAAGGCUAUCAACAUCAACAACCCCUUUGUCUUCAAGCACAUCAGCAACCUCAAGAGCAUGGACCACUUCGAUGACAUCGGUCCCAGCGUGGUGAUGGCAUCUCCUGGUAUGAUGCAGAGUGGCCUGUCCAGAGAGCUGUUUGAGAGCUGGUGCACCGACCGCAGGAAUGGCGUCAUCAUCGCCGGAUACUGCGUGGAGGGGACGCUCGCCAAGCACAUCAUGACAGAGCCCGACGAGAUCACCACCAUGUCGGGUCAGAAGCUUCCUCUGAAGAUGUCGGUGGACUACAUCUCCUUCUCAGCUCACACAGACUACCAACAGACCAGCGAGUUCAUCAGAGCUCUCAAGCCUCCUCAUGUGAUUCUCGUCCACGGCGAGCAGAACGAGAUGGCGCGUCUGAAGGCGGCGUUGAUCCGCGAGUAUGAGGACAACGAUGAGGUCCACAUCGAGGUGCACAACCCGAGGAACACCGAGGCCGUCACGCUCAACUUCAGAGGAGAGAAACUGGCCAAGGUGAUGGGCUCCCUUGCCGACAAGAAGUGCAUUCAGGGUCAGCGGGUCUCUGGGAUUCUCGUCAAACGAAACUUCAACUAUCACAUCCUGUCGCCCUCCGACCUCUCCAACUACACUGACCUGUCGAUGGGCAUGGUGACUCAGACGCAGGCCAUCCCAUACACCGGACCCAUCUCACUGCUGGUCAGCCAGCUGAGAAACCUCGCAGGCGAUGUGGAGCAGGUGGAGGGAACUGAGAAAAUCACCGUGAGAAUCUUUAAGAGCAUCACGAUGGUUCAUGAAGCCAGCAUGGUGCUGCUAGAGUGGAUCGCCAAUCCGCUCAAUGACAUGUACGCUGACGCCGUUGCCACUGUCAUCCUCGAGGUCCAGUCCAACCCCAACGCCCAGAAGUUUGUGGAGGGGAAGAAGGAAAGUUUCGACAUGGACGUGUUUGUGGAGAGGCUUGCGCUCAUGCUGCACGACAUGUUUGGGGAUGACUGCGUGAAUUUCAAAGAUGGUAAAAACCUCAGCGUGACCGUGGACGGCGUCACAGCGUCAGUAGACCCAGAGACCAGAUUGGUGUCAUGCGCAGAGGACGAGACUCUAAGGGAGAUGAUAGAAGUCGCUGUCCAUCGGCUCCAUGACGCCCUAAGCCCUGCUUUCUGACAGGCCACAGUGAUGUCACAGGGGAUGCUUU